AUGCUCAGCACCUCCCUCCUCCGCUCCCUCCGCUCAGUCGCCCUCGGCACGACCGACACCUGCCUGCAAUGCCAAUCCCGCAGCUUCCGCACCGCACCGCGGCGGCUGGCCGAGGCCGUAAAACCUCCGCCCCCAGCGCCCAGACCUUUUACAUCACAGCCGCAAAGCCCGGCACAGAAGGGAAAGAAUGGCGAGGAAUUCGUGCCCCAGCCGCUGGGCCGCCCGAUCGGAUUCUCGAAACCGCCGCGCAGAGGGGAGAAUAGCGGGGAGGAUGCGCGGUCGUGGAGGCAGCGGAGGGCGGAGUUUGUGGAUUGGGGGAAGCAUCUGGAGAGGCGGAAGGAGCUGACGCGCCAGGUCGCGAAGCCGUAUUUCCGAGACUUCAGCAACAUGCGCCACCACAAGGGCAAAUCCUUCCUCGCCAACCCGCGCAUCUUCAAGCGAGACGCGGCACUCUUCUUCCCGAACCUGCGCGGCACGACGCUGGCGUCUGGGCGCGAGGCCAAGGACACGACGGAGGUGCUCGAGGGCCGCGUCAGCGUUGUGAGCAUCUUCAGCAGCACGUGGGCGGAGAACCAGAAGAACACGUUCGUGGGGGAGACGCAGAACCCGGAGCUGGAGGAGGCGCUCAAAGGGAACGAGGACGUGGCGCAGCGGGUCGAGAUCAAUAUUGAGGAGAACGCGCUGAAGUUGGCGCUGGUGAGGUUGUUUCAGUAUCGGCUGAGAGCUCAGCGGCCGAAGGGCGAUUGGAGGAGGUAUUUCAUUGUGAGUAGGGGGAUUAGCGAGAGUAUUAGAGAGACGAUUGGGCUGCUGAACAGUAAGGUCGGAUAUGUGUACCUGGUGGAUCCGGAGUGUAGGAUUAGAUGGGCGGGGAGUGGACCGGCGGAGGGGGAGGAGAAGCAGUCUCUUGUCAAGGGACUGAAGAAGUUGAUUGAGGAAGCGAAGCAGGGAGGCCAGAAGAAGAAGCCGGUUAAGGGGCUGCCCGCGAUUGAGGAAGAGCUGGAAGCGCAGGUAGUUGCAGCCGGUGCUUCGUAA